GGCGCCGCUGUUGCUGCCGCUUCUGCCCCGAGGGCCGAGGGGGGCCCGGAGCCUCCCGUGGAGCCAUAGAGGCGCCGUGGGGUAGAGUGUCUCUCUGUGGGCCCAGGUUUCGCUGCUGUCUCGCCAGGGAGACCGGCAGCCGCGGGCGGGGUCUUCUCGGAGACCGGCUUAGGCCGAGAUUCUCGGAGGCGGGGGGCAGACUUAAAAACGGGGGUGGGAAGCCCUAUUUCGUCGCCUUUGCCUGCACUCCCACCCGGACAUUACGCGACCCCUCCCGGCCGCCUUUCCUCCCAGAAGUAGGGUAGCCUCUGGAGUGACCUUUGACCCUCCGCCUCGCCCAUGCGAUGACUCCUGACCUCCCUGCCGGCGUGACCUUUGAACCCCACCCCAAACCGCUCAGCUGCAGUCCGUAGAGGAUCUCAGCCCUCCUCCUAGUCACCAACAGCGGCUCCGUCCGUCCUCCCCUUUCUGCAGCUCUUUGGCUGCUCCCUUCGUCAAGGAAGCAUUUUGCAGCCCAGCCUUCUGUACCGAAACUGUCACGAUUUCCCCCAUCUUUUUAAAAAAGACGGUCUCCGGCUAUGCCCCCUGGCUGGGGGAAGUUGCAAAACCCCACUCUGGACCCAGGGGACUUAUGCAGCUGCCUGCCUGAAGCCUGAACCCUGCCAGGGCCCACAAGAGAGACAGUAACGGGGAUCCUUCUCCCAGGUGCAUUUCGGAAUGCCUUCCAUGCCCAGGUUGCCACCGGGGGAGUGUGGAGCACACUAGGGUGGCACGUGGACAGCUGCCGUGGCCUCCCCCCUCUGGGAACGUUGGGAUCUGUUCCAUCGGGAUACAGGGGACACGUCCAUCUUAAGGGAUUCUUGACUUUUGCCUGGGGCAAGCCCCCUUGCCCAGUUCAGCCAAUCCCGUCUCAGAGCCGUCGACAGGGGGAGUGGUGGGCUGUGCUCCCCACUGUCUGUGCGAACGGCUGCCACCAUGUCGACUUCCUCUUUGCGCCGUCAGAUGAAGAACAUUGUGCACAACUAUUCGGAGGCGGAGAUCAAGGUGCGAGAGGCCACCUCGAAUGACCCCUGGGGCCCAUCCAGCUCCCUCAUGUCCGAAAUUGCUGAUCUCACCUACAACGUGGUGGCCUUCUCUGAAAUCAUGAGCAUGAUCUGGAAGCGUCUCAAUGACCACGGCAAGAACUGGCGCCACGUCUACAAGGCCAUGACUCUGAUGGAGUACCUGAUCAAGACUGGCUCAGAGCGGGUGGCACAGCAGUGCAAAGAGAACAUCUACGCCAUCCAGACACUAAAGGAUUUCCAGUACGUUGACCGUGACGGCAAGGACCAGGGAGUCAACGUGCGGGAGAAGGCCAAGCAGCUGGUGGCCCUCCUGAAAGACGACGAGCGCCUCAAAGAGGAGCGGGCCCACGCUCUCAAGACCAAGGAGAAGCUGGCCCAGACCGCCACUGCUUCUUUGGCUUCCUCGUCCUUGGCGAAUGCCCCCGUGGAAGCCGAGCAGGCCUGGCCCCAGAGCAGCGGGGAGGAGGAGCUACAGCUACAGCUGGCGCUGGCCAUGAGCAAGGAGGAAGCGGAGCAGGUAAGCGCCAAGCACAAGGAGCCUUCGCCUGACGCAAGAGGCUCUGAGAGAACGGAUCUGCAGGGUCCAACCCGUUGUCCCCCUGCAGUGGCCGACGAAGACCUACAGCUCCAGCUAGCCCUUAGCUUGAGCAAAGAGGAGCACGACAAGGAGGAGCGGAUCCGGCGCGGGGAUGACCUGCGGCUCCAGAUGGCCAUUGAGGAGAGCAAAAAGGAGUCAGUGCCUACAAAGGAAGAGUCGUCACUCAUGGAUCUUGCCGAUGUCUUCACCACCCCACCACCUGCCGCUGACCCCUGGGGUGGACCUCCUGCCCCCGCUGACCCUUGGGGUGGCUCUGCCCCAGGUGUGCCCGCAGCUCCCGCCGACCCCUGGGGACCGUCUGCUACUGGCGCAGCCUCUACAGGAGGAGACCCGUGGGGACCCCCUGCAGCGCCCCCUGCAGCCCCCUCGGACCCAUGGGGAGGCCCCUCAGCUGCAAGCACUGACCCCUGGAAGCCUGAAGGUGGGGGUCCCACCGGGACCACAACAGUACCACCCACAGACCCCUGGGCGUCUGGUCCAGCUCCGGCAUCCCAAGGGAAACCUGCACCCGAUCCUUGGGCUCCAGCAUCAACGUUCUCAGACCCCUGGGGUGGCUCCCCUUCCAAACCCAGCACCAACGGCACCGCAGCUGGCGGAGGCUUUGAGCAGUUUGGCGGCCCCGGCGAUGGGGACGAGUUCUCGGAUUUCGACAGCCUGCGUCCGGCGCUGCCCAAAUCUGGGAGUAGCACAGGUGAGCUGUCACUCUUAGCUGGGGAGGUGCCGAUUUCACGGGCCGGCAUUGGCACCGACAGCCCCAAUGCUUUCGACAUGGCGACCGUGGGUGGAUCGUUACCCGAGGCCUCCAAACCGACGCGCAAGACCCCGGAGUCGUUCCUGGGUCCCAACGCUGCCCUCGUCGACUUGGACUCGUUGGUCAGCAAGCCCUCCGUCGCCUCCAGCGCCGCAAAGGCCUCCAACCCCUUCCUGCCGCCCGGUUCUGCCGCCGCUCCCGCCCCGUCUGCCUCCGCCACGAACCCCUUCCAGGCAACGGCCGCCACCCCCCUUUCGCUCAACCAGCUGCGCGUCAGUCCGGUUCUCCCUCUGUCCCAGCCAGCACCCCCGGCUUUUCCCGCCACGGCCCCCAUGGUCUCCGUGUCUCCCAUGGCCCCCGGCAUGCCCCUCGCCUCGGUCUCCCCAAUGGUGGGGGUGCAGCCCUUGGGGGCCGUUCCGCCCAUGGGCCUCCCUGCCAUGGGGCUGCCCCCUCCCACCAUGCCUCCAGCCGGCAUGGUCCCCAGCAGCACCUCGGCCUCCACCCUGGGGAGCACCAACCCGUUCUUGCUAUAAUCGGUGGGAGUCUUUGUCCUGUGGUGAACCACCCCUCUCUCUCCCCUUCCCCCUCCCCGCCCAGUUGUAUUUCCAGAGGGCGCCGCUGCCGCCGCCCCCCCAAAAAAAGAAAUUUCACGGCUGAAUGGGACAGCCGGGGUGGGGUGGUGGAAAAGGAAGGAGAGAGGCAGGACUUUUUAUUUCGAGCUCUUCCACCCCCUCAUUUCAGGGGCUGGGCAGACGUCCCCCCAUUUGUGUUGGUAGAGGCCAGGCGGCCAGGGUCCCUCCGUCCCCCAACCACUUUGGCCUUUAGGGUGGUCGGGAGGGUCCGUUUUUGCUGCAGUUCCAGAAGCAGCAAGUGGCAACUCACUACAACCCUACGGGAGGCCAGGGUGACCUAUGCAGGGGAGAGAAUUAGAAACUGGCAAAACAAGGGUAGGGGGUAGAGGUGGCUCUCUCUGUCUCUCUCUCUGUCUCUCUCUCUCUGUCUCUCUCUCUCUGUCUUUGUCUCUCUCUGUCUCUCUCUCUAUCUCUCUCUCUGUCUCUCUGCCACCCUCCCCAGUUGUCACAAUAUCUGCCCCACCUCUUGAGGCAGUGUUAAAACAGGACAUCCCCUUGCACACUGUGCCCCCCCCAUGUCUCUUUCCCGCCCCUGCGAAAGGGAGUCAGAAAGGGAAAACGCCAACCCCCUACCGCUAGGCCCUUCCAAAUCAAUUCACAAUGGGGGGCAAGCGCUAACCUUUUUAUUAUCAUUUUCCCCUAGACUUCUCCCUUUUCCAGAUGUGUUACUCCACGCCCCCCACCCCUCCGUUUUCCCAUUUUAGCUGGGACCAGCCCUCCUCUGCCUUUUGUGUUUUUUUUUCCCUUGAAGGGUAGGACUAGGGCAAAAUCAGUCAGGCCUCCUCACUCUAGAGGGCCUGGUCGAGGCAGAGGGGAAUCGUUGGUCUGUCUCCUCCAGCCUUGGGGCCAAGAGGGAAACCACUAACCGAAGGCCAAAGCUGGAUCUCGAGCAGGGAGCCGAGCCGGCCUACCUGGGGCGGGGCCAUGCCUGAAGACCCGCCUUCAGUAACCUUCCAGUUGGUCCUUUAAGAGAAUCAAUCACCUUUACACAAAGCAUGGAACCCUGUUCAAAGUGUCAUGCCUUUGGGGAGCCUUGAAACAUUCGCCGCAGCCUACUGCAGAGGAGGAACCCAGAAGCCGUCCAAGGAGUCUAGAAACCGUCAAAGGGAGCUUUCCUGGGGCUGGAGAACAGUUGCAGGAGCGCCAGUGCUGGGGGCCUGGAGACUAGCGAAGGCCUCUUGCCCAUCUGGUAAAGCCGAGCCGCCCCUUCUUCACCCCACCCCAGUCUGUGGACUCGAGCAGCCCGGACCCAGGACGCCUUGGACUCGUGGAUUGAGGGAGACGCUUUCCCUGCCCCCCUGUGCACAUUGCUUGGAAGGUGGGGGGCAGGGGUCCGUGCACCCAGGAACCUGUCCAGCAGCACUCUUCACAGGGGUGGCGUCCAAACACAGUCGGUGCUCUCACUCUUCUGGGCGCGAUCCGCUCUUCUCCCCACGCGGGGUUCUCUUCUCAUGCCACCAUUUGCGACAUGUCCCGAGGGCCUGCCGGGAGAGGCACCGUGGAUUUACAAAUGAAACUUUUAACUCUUUUCUCCCCCACCCCACCCCUGAACUUUCGUCCCGGACAAGCGCAGUGUUUGCUGGGGAGGGGGAAGGAUAGUUGAACCCCUUGGACUGGUUGAAAAACAUUAUGGGGGGUGUGUGGAGUCUUGGAUGAUCGUAUCCCCUCCUCCCCUUCUGUGUCAGCAGCUUGUGGGGGAGAGAGGGUCAAAGCCUGUGUGUGUGUGUGCGCGUGUGUGUAUGCGUGUGUGGUGCUGCUGUAAGUGAUUGUCCGUUCCUGUUUUUAUGUUGGGGGGGGGCACUCACUCAUAAGCAUCCAGGACAAUCUGCUGAAUCCCUCGUUCCUGCCCCCUCCCCGUUCCCUGCAAUUGUUUCCAAAGUGGGUGGCGUAUGCUACCCCCCCCCCCCCGGAUCGAUCAAUCAAUCAUGUUUAGGGAUAUUUUCCCACUACAAUCCUCCGUAUAUUUGAAGAAUUAUUGUGUCAUUGGUCAGGGGCUUUGGGAGAGUUAAUCUUGGCUGUGUACGACCCUCCCUCUCUUGGCUCUUUUCCACCUCUACCCAUACCACACACACACACACCCCACCGCUCUGGUAUGCGUCAGAAGAAAAAAAAAAAAACCUCUUAAUGAAAUGAAAUAAAUGGAAGUUCUUCUAUGGCACCUGGAGGC